GUGUGUUUGUGCGUUUAAUAUUUUCACCCGGAAUGACGACGGUCAGCUGCUCACUGUAUCUCAGUCUAUUUAUCUUCUUGGUUUUGGGGUGGACAGACAGGUGCAUAUUACAAUAUUUAUUUCCAUUACAUGAAACUAUACAUUUGUAUCUGGAUUAGGACUCAACGCUGUUUUCACACUCACAUAAAUCGUCCCAUUCGUUUGUAACGUCGGCCAUGUGACUUAGCGACUGAGCGUGUUUUAUUAACAAACGCACCCAGCUCAGUCCAUUGACAGAAAUGGCUACCACGGAAGUGGAGCGUAGACGAGGCCAGCUUGCUGCUCUGUCCAUAGCAGCAGUGGUCAUCAUCGUAGGAGUCCCCCUGUGGUGGCGCACAACUGAAACAUACCGUGCCUGGUUGCCUGUCAGUCAGAUAAAAGAGUUGGCUAAGCUGCAGCUACAGUUGAGUGCUGAUGUGGAGGUUGUGUUUGCCCGUGGAACUGUGACACCAGAGCAGCAGAAGAAGGUUCCGCUGACACUGAGUCAGGAUGAGGAACACAUAGUAGAUGAGAAAACAGCUUUGUGGUACAGGUACGAGACAAGGUACCGCACAGCUACAAUCAUGGAAGAGGAUGCCCUGAACCAGCCCACCGCUGCAGAGGCAGAUCUGUCUCUACAUACUCUCAGUGAGAGUCCUUGUGGUUCUUUGGUUGUGUAUGUGAUCCCAGAGUCAUCACCACUGCUGCUUCAGGAUGUGAAUGUGUAUAUUGGUCAGCGACGGACAGCCUUCUUGCGUGUCGGUACCCAGAUGAGAGUGGGAAGGACACUAGAGCAGUUGCUGGCUCACCUGGAGCCUCAGCUCAAGCAGGUGCUGCAGCUGAUGUCUUUUAGUCACGCUGACAUCACUGCUGCCCUCAGUGACAGAGUCCGUCUCAUCCCUGGCAACAAGGGUGGCAUCGCUGACAGUAUGAGAGCCUUUAAAUCCAGCCCAGGUUAUGAGAUAACAUUCAGUCUGUUGAACCCAGACCCAAAGUCCCACCGGGUCCACUGGGACAUAGAGGGUGCUGUGCAGACCUACAUCCAACCUUUGCUUACAAAACUGGCUCCUGUGGCAAACUUUAGCAUUGACUCUCAGACUUUAUACUACGCCAUGCUUGGUGUGAACCCACGCUUUGACAGCAGCCGCAGUGCCUACACACUCAACGUAGACAGCCUUGCGCAUGUCAUCAACCCAGUGGAGGCUAGACUUGGCUCAAAUGCUGCAUCUUCCAACCCGGUAUUGAACUUCCUGCUGUAUAUCCCAGAUGCUCACCAUUCACCCCUUUACAUUCAUGACCAUAAAAAACAGGAAGUUCCUUCUAAUGCGUUUCACUCUCCACGUUGGGGUGGAAUCAUGGUUUAUAAUGUUAAUGGUUUCUAUGGGUCAGAGGUUGUGUAUCCUGUUGACAUCAAUAUCAACAUGGCUAAAGUCAUGGGAGUCUUCCUCGCACAGCUUCGACUGUUGCUGGGCGUGCAGUCAUCUUCCCCUCCCCCUGGAUUCCUGGUGGCACCGUGCAGCAGUACAGGACUCGCUGAUUGGGAGCUGGACCGCCUAAUGUGGAGUCGGAGUGUGGAAAAUGUUGCCACAGCAACCACCACCAUCACCUCACUGGCACAGCUGCUUGACCAGAUUAGCAACAUAGUUAUCAAUGACAACAUUGCUCAGCAGGUGUCCAGUGCUGUCACGUCUCUGCAGCUAGCUGUGGCUGAAUUGGAAGCUGGAAACCUUGGCUUUGCUUUGCAGUACAGUAAAGAAGCCAUCCUGGCGUCGGAGAGAGCGUUUUUUGACCCUUCACUUCUCCACCUCCUCUACUUCCCUGAUGACCAGAAGUUUGCUAUCUACAUACCGAUCUUCCUACCUAUGUGUGUACCUAUUUUGCUGUCACUGCUCAAAAUAUUGUCUGAGGCUAGACAGAAACACAGGGAAAAGCACGCCAAAAAGGAAUGAGAAAAAGAUGUGCUGAAUACAAGGUCUGACAAAUAACAUGUUAUGAACAAAUUGUUUUGUUGGUGGCAUGAAGAAAAGGCUCAUUUGCAGCCUUGAGGUUUGGUAUUUACAAAUCUGCCAUGAUUGUUUCAUGUGAGGAAUUGUGUUUACCAUAGGAUUUUAAUGAAUGAUUGUUGGGACUGUCACUACUGGCACUGUACUGUUGAAAACUUGAAUUGCUGUAAAUGUGUACAAGUUUUAUCUUUGAAUUUCAUUUUCUAAGUUAUUAACAAGUAAAGACUAGGUUUUGACUCACAUUUUGAGUUUUUGCAACUGGUGUCUUUGCAAAGAAAUAAAAAAUAUGAUUGUA